AUGUACGGGAUGAACCAGAACCACGCGCAAGCCGGUGAUCCAAGCCAGCUUCUUCCCCAUGUGCACCUCGUCUCCAAUUACCGAUUCCCAAGAGUCCCGUCGCUUCAACCCGCGCAAGCUCUUGAGUAUCUCAUCAAAGGACCAACGAUCGUGAAGGACACGGCCGCCGUCGCAUGGACGUACUUCCCGGCUCCUCCACCAGAUGGCACACUCUUCUUGACAUGGCAGCCACCGCGCAUGCAGAACCAGUUCGCAUCAGACGGACUGGUCUGGGCAGAUGCUGAGGUUGCCUACGAAAUCCCUAUCCGGGGCUAUAAUAUCCAAGUUCUCAUCCACAAGAGCGGUUUCCACUACCCGCACGAGGCCGUCACAUCUCACGCUCGAUACCGAUACAGGAUCACGCAAGGCCCAGGACCUAUUGAUCCUACGCUCUGGGUGGUGCAUUACACCGGAGCAGAUCCCGCCAGUCGCAUACCCGCCAGCCAGAUCGGCAUCCGCCCCGACGUCCAGCAAGUUCUGCAGCAGCGAGCGACGCUUGAGAAUGCCGGCCAGCUUGUCAGGAAGGAGUUCAUGCUGGCAGACCGCACAAACUGGCCUCGAGUCGAGUUCCAACGCGGCGCCGCGCAACCGAGUCCGUUCUACAACCCGAUGAACCCCAUGCAGCAGAUCCCACAGAGAGGCGCAUAUCCCGGACAGCAGCCUCCGAACAAGCGUCAGCGCGUCAACCAGCCCCCGCGGGCACCCGCGCAAGAUCUUGAACAGACAUUGGAAGAGGAGGAGAACUCGACGCAGGAUACUUUCGACUUCAUGACUCCCCGUGAGAUCAGUUUAUCACGAUAUAAGCAACAUCACGAGUGGAUGGAGGAGAUCUUCUCGUCUCCUCAUGCUGUCGGCAAGAUUCUACCUAUUGACCUCGGACUCGGGUUGAUGGGUGAACUCGCUCCUCUCACUGUCGACAUUCUGGACGUAUCGACAGGCGAGCAUCCACCCCUGAACAUCGAACGUGAUUCAAGCGGUCUCGACAACCGGAGGAAGGAGUACGACGUCAAGAGCUAUAAUAGGUUACAUCCCGAGCAAUUGAAAGACUUCGAAUCUCGCGUCGCAGACUACACUAAGAAGCAGGAGGCCGAACUUGCCAAGCUCAAAGCCGCCCAUGAGAAGAAGAUGGCCGAUCUCAAGCGGAACCGAACAUAUAUCAAAGCUGAAAGACGGUUACGAGAUAUCCCCCGAUCACGAGACUACGCCACGGCGCAAGAAGAUGCGGAUCCCGUGGAGGAUGUCGUACAGGAGCUUCAGAAGAAUAUCGGUGUCGAGUUCGAGCCCAAGAAGAGCGUGGUAUGUCUCGACAAGGGAGGAUUGAUCGAAGAGCAAGUGCUGCAAAAGAACCAACAAGUCAACGGCGACGACGCCACACCUGCAACCAAUGGCAAUGGCUCAAACGGCGGCGCCGAUGCCAUCGACGCCGAAAACAGUGCGGCAGGCCUCCUCGAUCAGUACGGAUCCACCUCGCUCGCCGGCACACCAGGAGCAAGUCUCUCCGUCCCUGCACUGUCCCAGCCUCCAAGUCAAUCCCAAUCAGCCGUCGCCACCCCAAGCGCCCCAGCCCCCGCGGCAGCACCCGCCGUCGAACCCACCAACAACGACGCCAACGAGCUCCUCGACCUAGACGUCGACAUGCCUGACAUGCCCAGCGCCCCAGAAGGAACCGCAGACAACGACUGGGUCGUCGUUGACCCGACCACCUCCACCACCACAACCACCACCGCCCAACAACCCGCCUCCUCCUCUGCCGGUCCAUCAGCUCCAACAGCCACAACCACCGCCCCUGCCGCGAGCACCACCGCACCACAGCAGCCAAGCACCGACGCAGACCCCUCCGCCGGCAUCUUCGACAGCACCGACUUCGGCUCCUUCGACAACCUCGACACCGCCGGCGACGCGCUCGCAGACUACACGAAUGUCGACGAUAACAUGGGGCUCGACCUCGUCGACGACUCGGCCUUCGGCGACGCGUUCCACGGCACCGAGAUGCACCAUGGCGGCGAGGGUGCGGACGGCGACGCUUCGUAG